AUGAAUAAGAUAAGCUCAGUGGAGGAGAAACACAUUGCAGUCUUUGUUUUCCCCUUUGGAAGCCACCCUCUUCCUCUAUUAAACCUCGUUAUCAAACUAAGUCAUGCAGCUCCCAACUUGCACUUUUCAUUCAUCGGCACUGAACUCUCCAACAAACCUCUUCUCUCAAAACCCCACAUUCCAGACACCAUAAAGUUCUUCACUGUUGGUGAUGGAGUCCCAAAGGGUCAUGUCCCUUGUGGCCACCGUGUUGAAAGAGUCAAUCUUUUUCUUCAAGCUGGUCCGCAGAACUUGCAAAAGGGUAUAGACUUAGCAGUGGCAGAAACAGGACAUAGAGUCACGUGCAUCAUUGCUGAUGCAUUUGUCACACCUUCUCUCACUGUGUCUCAGCACCUUAAUGUUCCUUGGAUCCCAGUUUGGCCACCCUUGUCAUCUUCACUCUCUGCUCAUUUUUACACUCACUUGAUACGCCAAACGUGUGCUAAUAAUAACCUAUCGCGAGACUCCCCUUUGGAUUUUCUUCCUGGGUUGUCUAUGAUGCGUGUUGAAGACUUGCCAGAAGAUGUAGUCAAUGGUGGUGAAGAUGAGACACUGUUUUCAAAGGCACUUGCUUCACUGGGUAUUGUGUUGCCUCAAGCCAAGGCUGUGGUUGUUAAUUUCUUUGAGGAAUUAGACCCACCCUUGUUAGUUCAUGACAUGAGAUCAAAGUUAUCUGCUUUUCUCUAUGUUGGUUUUCUCACUCUUUCAUUGCCUCUACCACCCUUGCCUCCCUCUGACACAGAUGCAACUGGGUGUUUGUCAUGGUUGGACAAGCACAAUGGUGGAUCAGUGGUGUAUGUUAGCUUUGGGACUGUGGUGACACCACCACAAGAUGAGAUAGUGGCACUUGCAGAAGCAUUGGAAGCUAGUGGUUUUCCAUUUCUUUGGUCUCUAAAGGAGCAUGUGAAAGGGGUUCUGCCAAAUGGGUUUCUUGAGAGGACAAGGAAUAAUGGGAAGGUUGUGCCUUGGUCUCCUCAGAGUGAGGUUUUGGGACAUGGUUCCGUGGGAGUGUUUGUGACUCAUUGUGGGUGUAACUCUGUGUUUGAGAGUAUGUCGAAUGGGGUGCCUAUGAUAUGUAGACCUUUCUUUGGGGAUCAAGGAAUGACUGGGAAGAUGGUUGAGGAUGUUUGGGAGAUUGGUUUGAGAGUGGAAGGUGGAGUGUUCACUAAACAUGGUUUGCUCAAAAGCUUGAACCUGAUUCUUGUGCAGGAAGAGGGAAAAAGGAUGAGACAAAAUGCUUUGGAAGUGAAGAGGACUGUGCUAGAUGCAGCUGGGCCUGAAGGAAAAGCAACCCAAGAUUUCAAGACUUUGGUGGAAGUAGUUUCUAGCUCUUAA